UUCGGGGUUUUCAAUCUGUUGGCAUUGUUAAGUGCUAAGGAAUCACCAUUUAUAUAGUGGGAUUCAAAAACGGCUUGAAGACGAUGAGUACAGAGGAUUCACGGGCUGAUAAAGUUCCCCAUAGCGGUCCAUUGAGUGGACCUUUGAAUAAGAGGGUAGCCAGGAAAAGUGCUCGGUUCAACGUCCCGGAACCGAGCUCAUCCAAAGACGAUGGUUACGUUGAGCUUACCCUCGAUGUUUCCGAUGACUCAGUGGCGGUUCACAGUUUAAAGGCUGCAAAUGGAGGUGAUUUGGAAGAAGACCCGGAGCUAAGUUUGAUUGCCAAAGGUCUUGAGAAGAGAACCACAUUGGGAACAUUGAUGGCGAGGAAUGCUUCGGCCAAGAUUAGGCAAGUGAGUCAUGAGUUGAAGCGCUUAACAUCUUUUUCUAAAAAGCCGGUCCCGUUCGACCGGGCUAAGUCCGGGGCGGCUCAUGCCUUGAAAGGGCUCAAGUUCAUAAGCAAGACUGAUGGCGGACAUGGAUGGGCAGCUGUUGAGAAGCGGUUCGAUGAGAUUACCGGUUCGAACAAUGGAUCUUUGCCUCGUGGGAGGUUUGGAGAAUGCAUAGGAAUGGAGUCCAAGGAAUUUGCAGGGCUGUUGUUUGAUGCACUUGCUCGAAACCGAAACUUUCAUGGUGAUUCCAUUGAUAAGGCUCACCUCAAAGAGUUUUGGGAUCAGAUCUCCAAUCAAAGCUUCGAUGCCAGGCUUCAAACUUUCUUUGACAUGGUGGAUAAAGAUGCAGAUGGAAGAAUAACUGAAGAAGAAGUCAAAGAGAUUAUCAGCCUGAGUGCCUCUGCAAACAAACUCUCAAAUAUCCAGAAACAAGCUGAGGAAUAUGCUGCUUUGAUUAUGGAAGAAUUAGACCCUGAUAAUCUAGGAUACAUAAUGAUAGACAACCUGGAAAUGCUUCUCCUACAAGCUCCAACCCAAGCCAUAAGAGGAGAAAGCCAAAAUCUGAGCCAAAUGAUAAGCCAGAAGCUUAGGCCUACACAUGACCAUAACCCAGUGAGGAGAUUCUAUAGGGACACCAAGUAUUUCUUGGUAGAUAACUGGCAAAGAGUUUGGGUGAUGGCUCUAUGGAUUAGCGCUAUGUGCGGCCUAUUUGCAUACAAGUAUGUCGAAUAUCGAAGGCGAAAAGAGGUGUUUGAUGUGUUGCGGCAUUGUGUUUGCUUUGCCAAAGGUGCAGCCGAGACACUUAAAUUGAAUAUGGCUCUGAUUCUGCUACCAGUCUGUCGAAACACCAUCACCUGGUUAAGGAACAAGACGAAACUAGGUGUUGUAGUUCCCUUUGACGACAAUCUCAACUUCCACAAGGUUAUAGCAGUUGCGAUUUCGAUUGGGGUUGGCAUACAUGGAAUUGCUCAUUUGGCAUGUGAUUUCCCUCUCCUGCUUAAUGCCACACCUGAUGAAUAUAAACCAAUGAUAAAAUAUUUUGGAGAACAACCCCACAGUUACUGGCAUUUUGUUAGGCACGUAGAAGGAGUAACUGGGAUUGUAAUGGUGGUGUUAAUGGCCAUAGCUUUCACACUAGCCACACCAUGGUUCAGGCGGGGUAAGAUGAAGAACCUUCCCGAGCCUCUCGAGAAGCUCACUGGCUUCAAUGCCUUCUGGUAUUCUCACCAUCUAUUUGUCAUUGUUUACACUCUUCUCAUUGUCCAUGGAAUUAAGCUCUUCCUGACCGAGAAAACUUUCAAGAAAAUUACUUGGAUGUACUUGGCUGUUCCAGUUCUCCUUUAUUUAUGUGAAAGAUUGACAAGGCUGCUUAGAUCAAGCAUCAAGGCUGUUACAAUACAAAAGGUUGCUGUUUAUCCUGGAAAUGUACUAACACUUCACAUGUCAAAGCCUCAUGGAUUUCGAUAUAAGAGUGGACAAUACAUGUUUGUCAAUUGCUCUGCGGUGUCUCCUUUCGAAUGGCAUCCAUUUUCGAUUACUUCGGCCCCUGGUGACGAAUAUCUUAGUGUUCAUAUAAGGACUCUCGGUGACUGGACACGACAACUGAGGACUGUAUUUUCAGAGGUGUGUCAGCAACCUACUAAUGGGAAGAGUGGCCUCCUUAGAGCCGACUACUUGCAAGGAUCUGACAACCCUAAUUUCCCAAGAGUUCUAAUCGACGGACCAUAUGGAGCGCCGGCACAAGACUCCAAGAAAUAUGAAGUGGUUUUGCUAAUCGGACUGGGGAUUGGAGCAACCCCGAUGAUCAGCAUUGUCAAGGACAUAGUAAACAACAUGAAAACCAAGGAAGAAGAAAAAGGAGAAGAGAUGAGUGGUUUAGAGAAUGGAAAUGGGGCAGCCAUUAGUAAAAGCAGCUCAUCAAAUUCCAAAAGGAGGGUAGAAAACUUCAAGACAAGGAGGGCAUACUUUUAUUGGGUGACGAGGGAACAAGGAUCCUUUGAUUGGUUCAAAGGAAUAAUGAAUGAAGUAGCUGAAAUGGACCAUAACCAUGUCAUAGAACUCCAUAAUUACUGCACCAGUGUUUACGAAGAAGGUGACGCUCGUUCGGCUUUAAUCACCAUGCUUCAGUCUCUCAAUCAUGCUAAAAAUGGCGUUGAUGUAGUUUCCGGUACAAGAGUGAAAUCCCACUUCGCUAAGCCUGAUUGGCGCAGGGUUUACAAGCAAAUUGCUGUUAAUCAUAACAAUGCUCGUGUUGGGGUGUUUUAUUGUGGAGCACCGGCGCUGACGAAGGAACUACGACAACUAGCUUUGGAUUUCUCGCAUAAGACGUCCACUAAGUUUGAUUUCCAUAAAGAGAAUUUUUAAUCCGCAUUUCGGAUAAAGGAGAAGAAGCUUUAGGUAAGGGGAAAAGAAGAGCCUUAAGUUCACUUGGAGACGGUUCCAUCUACUGCUGAAUCUACCUCAACUGUUUAAAUGUCUUUGCCCCCUUUUAUUGGCCUACAUGUUGACCC